AUGUGGAAUCUCAUUAAUUAUAAUAAUGACAUUGAGACUAGCAGUAAGUUUACUUUUUGGAAUAUAUUUGGAUUUGAAGAAAAACAAAUUCAACAUGAAAUAAAUGAUGAAAUUAUUAAAAAUGAAGAUAAAAAUAAUUUAAAAAUUGAAAAUAAUUUGGGGAAUGAAUUAGUUGAAACGUUAGAUGAUUCAACCUUAGACAAAAAAGAGAAGAAGAAAAAAAAAAAAAAAUUAGAAAAAAUCCAAGAAAAUAGAAAUAAAUCUCCAUUUUUGAGUGACUUAAGUUCUUAUGCUGAUUAUUGUACUAGUGAUGGAGGAAAUGAAAAUUAUAAAUUAAAUUUAGAAAAUGAUAAAAUAUUAUCUAACAAAAAUUAUUUGGUACCUUCAAAAGAAGAAUUAAGUGAAAAAGAGAAUAAAACGAAUAAAAGAGAAGUAGAUAUAAAUAUAAAUGUAAAUUCAUAUGAAAAUGAAAAUAGUAAAGAAAAUGGGAAUAAUGAGGAAAACAAAAAUAAUAAAGAAAAUGAAAAUAAUAAAGAAAAUGAGAACAAUAAUAAAAAUGAGAAUAAUAAUGAAAAUGAAAAUGAAAAUAAUAAUGAAAAUGAAAAUAAUAAUGAAAAUGAAAAUAAUAAUGAAAAUGAGAAUAAUAAUGAAAAUGAGAAUAAUAAUGAAAAUGAGAAUAAUAUAGAAAAUGGAAAUAUAAUGUCAUCUACUAACGAAUGGUUUUUUGAAAAGAUAAAAGGAAUAUUAGAGCCUUCGAUAAAUCAGGAAAGCAUAAGUGAAUUAUUAACAAAUAAAUAUAAUAGUUUUAAUGAGGCAAAUGCAGGAAUAUUUGAUUUAUUAGAAAAUUUAUUAUUAAGAAGUAGUACUCAAGAAAAAGUAGAAUUAAAUAAAAGGCAAAAAAGUCAUUUUUUUUGUGAUCACUAUAAUUCAAUGGAUGAAUCAUUUAAUGAUCAUUAUAAUUUUAUUAAUUAUUCAAUUUACUGUAUUAAUAAAGAAUUAUCUGCAAAUGUGGAGUUAGAAGCUACAAAAAUGAUGAAAAUUUAUAAUAAUGCAUACAAUAGUUUUAGAAAAGAGAUUAAUUUUAAUGAUGAUACUUAUAUAGAUUUAUUAAAUGAAGGAGAAGAAUUUUCCACAUUAAUUGUUGACGAAAAUAACAAAUUAAAAAAAAGAAUUUCAAAAAUUGAAUUUUUAAUUUUAAUAAAUAUUAAUAGUGAUAAUUACAAUAAUAUUAUUGAAUCCCAUAAUGUACAAACACCCAAAUUAAACUUAGAAGAAAUAUUUAAAAUUAACGUAAAUUAA